AAACAACAAAGAAACCCAUAAAUCAAACAAAUAGUCUAACUGAAUACCUCAAAUUGGACAAAACCAGCUAAAAAGAAUCAUGGAGGAUAGUCAGAAAUUCAAAAUAGUUAGAUGGCUCAAGGAAAAUGAGGCAUAUAUGGACCAAGAAUCGCUGGGUUCGUUUAAAGAAGGCGAAAGUCUGACGGGACUCACAUCGGACGAGAUCCUGGAUAAUAUUACCCAAGAAGGGGUGUCCAGGGCUGACGUGGAUGAUAUCUUCAAGAUAGCGAAUCUUGAUGCCCAAAGCCAGGAGGACAUGGUACGAUUCGCGGCAGGCUUUCUUGCAACAAAAUCAAGUUUGAGGUCAAACAAGCGUAAGAACCAGGAUAUAGAGAAAGGUGUAAAGAAAAGCAAAGAUGACUCUCUUCAAGAGCAGGUACUUACCAUUUGUGCAUAAUUCUCAUUCAUUUCUGUUUAUAGGCAACAGUUACCAUAUAUUAAUUAUUUAAACCAGUUAAAGUAAUUCAUUU